UGGAGGUCAGAGUGGAAGCAGGUGUGAGUGGGUCCAGUAGGAGACAUGGCUGCCAAAGUGUUUGAGUCCAUCGGCAAGUUCGGCCUGGCCUUAGCCGUUGCAGGAGGCGUGGUGAACUCUGCCUUGUAUAAUGUGGAUGCUGGACAUAGAGCUGUCAUCUUUGACCGGUUCCGUGGAGUGCAGGAUAUUGUCGUAGGGGAAGGGACUCACUUCCUCAUCCCUUGGGUACAGAAACCAAUUAUCUUUGACUGCCGCUCUCGACCACGUAACGUGCCAGUGAUCACUGGUAGCAAAGAUUUACAGAAUGUCAGCAUCACUCUGCGCAUCCUCUUCUGGCCGGUUGACAGCCAGCUUCCCCGCAUCUUCACUAGCAUCGGAGAGGACUAUGACGAGCGUGUGCUGCCGUCCAUCACGACAGAGAUCCUCAAGUCCGUGGUGGCUCGCUUUGAUGCUGGAGAACUGAUCACCCAGAGAGAGCUGGUCUCCAGACAGGUGAGCGAUGACCUCACAGAGCGAGCAGCAACCUUUGGGCUCAUCCUGGAUGACGUGUCCCUGGUAAGAGCCACGGGGAGCCUGUGGAGAGGGGCAGCAGCUGUGUAGGUGCCUGGCUCCACU